GCCCGCUGGAGUUGCAGCCCUAUAAGAAACCCACGGACGGGGAGGUGGGAGGCGCCUUCGGCGGCGCGCCCUUCCCGUAAGCCCAGCUGAGCGAGAGGAGGUGCGCCCUGCCCUCUCGGGGUGGCCCGAGCAGCUCCACCAGAGAAGCACUCGGCGCCCUGGAAAAUACUUGGUGCUUCCCCCCCCCCGCCCCGCCGCUCCUUGGGAGAAGCGGAGGACCUAAGGUGAGGACUUGAGGGGAGGGCGUGGCGGGCUCAGGGUCCCCUGCAAGGUUGCAGAUCCGGCGGACACCCAGUGGCUUCGGAACAGGACUGGGGACACGGAGGAAGCCGGCUAGGAGUGGUAAGAUUGCCCCGCGGUUCUGACUCCCACCGCCGGACCGACGGCUGCGCCAUGUCCAGAGGCCCAGGCUCUACCAUCCUACCGCCAGCCUUGGGGUUCCGGAAGCCUGCUCCCCGGAGCCUCAGCUGCCUAUCGGACCUGGACAGGGGCGCAGCCCCGGAGCCAAGGCCCUGUAGGCCUCCGGAGAGCCCGGGCCGCGCGCCGCUGGCCCCCGCCCCCAUGGGCUGCGACCCCCAGCUGCGGCCCAUCAUCCUGAGGCGAGCGCGCUCACUGCCCAGCUCCCCAGAGCGCCGCCCGAAGGCCUCGGGUGCGCAGGGCGCUGCGUGUCGGCCAGGCUGCAGCCGGCAGCUCCGCGUGCGCUUCGCAGAUGCUCUGGGCCUGGAGCUGGCCCAGGUCAAGGUGUUUAAUGCGGGAGAUGACCCGUCAGUGCCGCUGCACGUGCUGUCACGGCUAGCCAUCAACUCGGACCUGUGCUGCAGCAGCCAGGACCUGGAGUUCACUCUGCGGUGCCUGGUGCCAGAUUUCCCACCGCCUGUCGAGGCCGCUGACUUCGGCGAGCGUCUGCAGCGCCAGCUCGUGUGCCUGGAGCGGGUCACCUGCUCGGAUCUGGGCAUCAGUGGUACGGUGCGCGUGCGCAACGUGGCCUUCGAGAAGCAAGUGGCCGUGCGCUACACCUUCUCCAGCUGGCGCAGUGCGCAUGAAGCGGUGGCGCGGUGGCGCGGGCCGGCAGGCUCUGAAGGCACUGAGGACGUCUUUGCCUUCGGUUUCCCGGUGCCACCCUUCCUGCUAGAGCUUGGAUCGCGUGUGCACUUCGCCCUUCGCUACCGAGUGGCCGGUGCUGAGUACUGGGACAACAACGACAGCCGAGACUACAGCCUCACAUGUCGCAACCACGCUCUGCACAUGCCACGUGGGGAGUGUGAAGAGAGCUGGAUCCACUUCAUCUGAGCAGCGGUCAGGGUACCUGGAGCUCUGAGAUGCUGGUCUGCAGGUCUUUCCUGACUGGGUGGCCACUUCUUGGUGGGUUCACCUACCCUUCCGCACCCCCAAGUUCUGAACUCAUUUCCUUUUCAAGGUCUCUUGACAGUGGCCCUUCCUGCCUUCUACAUGAAAUUUCCUUGUCUAAUGAGUAGCCUCACGUAGCCAGCAGGCCAACUCGGUUGUGGAGUGUGUUGGGGGAGGGUCCUGGGAGGGUAGGUGCAUGGGAGUGUGUGCCUCUCUGGAGAGGACCCAUGCAAGGUUUUGGGGAUAGACCCACCUGCUGCUAGGAAGGCCUUUUGCAUGUGUCUGGAAUGUGUCCCUGAACUAGCUGAUAUUUGUUAUUGUGAUGUUGGGACCUUAGGCCCAUAGCUGAUACCUUCUCAGGAAUAUUCUGAAUUUAAUAAGCUUAAAGUCCUGUUGUGUGUUUGUGCCCGUUGUAAACAAAAUGUGCAGUGUGACCUGCAUUAUGGUCCCUGGAGGCAUUCCUGCCCUGGGACAAGGAAAAUCUGAGACCUCAUUUGCUUGCCAAUGCCUGUAGCCGUCUAGCAGUGGCAACUAUUAAUAGGCAGAAACCUCUGCCUUACCAGCCAUCACUGGGCUUCGUGGCAGUGUCUCCCCCGAACCAACAGCUGAGGAGAAAGUCGAGGCUGCCACCGGCAACAGCCUUUCCUCUGCCCCCCCCCCUCCUCUCCCAUCCUGCUCUUUUCUUGUUCUUGUUUGGUAAUUGUGUGUCUGCACAUUAUCUCUUGGGCCCUCCUGUUUGGGUUUGAAACUACCUAAACAUAUCAAGAAAUCUUGCCUUAAGUUAUUUCAAUUUUCAGGUGACUGUAGAAUUUCAAGCAACAUGCCCUUUGUAAUUACUUUUUUGACAAUGAAGGUGACUAUAAUUUCCUUUUAAGCAUCAGAAAAUUCCAGGAUUUGUCUUUUCCAAGUCCAGUUACCAAGUGGAACUAGAAGGUGUUUUCAGCAUUAGCUAGAGCCCUUGAGGAAAAAUAAUUCACAAAUUUUAUACUUCUGAGUUAUUUUAAAUUGUACUUAUGUGAGGUUUUUAUCAGCUACCUGCAACUUUAUUCUUUGUGCCUUCAGAUAGGAGAAAUUUUUAACAUUUUCUGGACUUGUUUCCCAGUUUUUAAAUGUUAAAUGCUUUAAAAAAAAAAAAAACACCUCCAACUAAGUAGUCAAGCCCACUGCUCCAGAGUUAUCUGCUACUCCCGUGGAGAGGCUGAGGAGUUCUUUUGGUGCUGAGUGGUGGUCUUUCAGACAGCAGGUGCUAGAAUUGAUGCAUGAAAACCCAGCUGAGAUGGACAGAACCUCCAAUAUGGGACCCAUGUGAUACAGCUGAAGCCAGUGUGGUUGAUUUUGUGAUGGCUGUCACCAGGAGUAAUGCUUAAAUUUUUGAAUACCUGUUGACACUUGUCUAAAUCAGUAUUGAAAAGAUGCAUUUUACCUUUUAACUAGUUUGUUUUUGAUAAUUGCAACCUUUGUGUUUUUAAAGUGCCAAGAACAAUGACCUUCUUUGGUAACUUUUGAUCUAAGAACACCAAAUCUUGAUUUAAAAUCUUGUGAUUAAAUUGCACACUCUUUGCCUGUUAGGGCUGUGAACUACAUUGGCAUGCAAGACAGGGAAGCCCUGGUGCAUCUCCUGCUGCUUAACAAACCAUCCAAUUAGGUCAGCAAGUGUGGGAGGGCCUUGGCUGCUCUGCCUAUGGGCCCCAGCCCAGAGUGCAAGACAAUUGUCCCUACUAUUCAGGUACAAGUGAGAGCUGCCAAAUGGGUUGUCUAAAGGCAUGUAAAGUAUCUUUCAUCUAUGUGAAAGUCACUUGACAGAAGGAUUCUGGUCAUAAAAUAGUUAUAUCAUCAAAAUUAAGAGAACCUUAGGUGCCUUUUAAAAAAGUAACAUUUUGAAACUUUAAAGCUUCAAUAGACAGCUCAAGAGUUUUCAGACCCUAGUCAAAGCUAUAUUGCUUAGAUGUUAAAAGCUUGUAGUGGAUCGUGCAAUUGCUGGGUUGUCUCCCCAAACGUAUUAUAAUGUAAUGCAAUGAAAAUGAUUUUACUGAAGUAUUAAAGUAUUAUGUGCAAAAAUGUCUGUGUGCACUAUUUAAGUGGAAUUUUUUGUGGUCUAAUCACAGAAAACAAAGGUUUAGAAACUUCAUUGUUUAAAUCAUUUCAUGCAUAAGUUUUAUCCUUUUCACAGCACUGAUAAAUGUAGGGUCUUAGUUUAAAAAAAAAAAAUAUGUUGCAACUCACCUUCAGCAACAGAGUUGUAUAUGCUUUUGAAAAACUGAAAGUUUAUGCCAGGUUAACAUUACAUAUGAAGAAAGCUCUAAGGAACCUGGGGAGUGCUAAUUAUUCUACUUACAGCACUUACCCCUGUGCAUGGAAUUGUACCUGUCUGCCCUUCCACCAGUGUGUGAUCCUGUUAAAUACAAAGCCUUGCCCUUGUUGGAAAUGAAACAUUUAUUUUGUCCUUUUUUUAACUGUUUAGGCAAAAUAAUGGGUGCUUUAUUUGAUUUCAGUUAAUUCUGCAAAAUAUGCUACCUGGUUGAUAAUAUAUAUGCCCAUUCUGUUAGCUGAGGUGACCAAAGUUCAAAGAGGUUUAAGUAAUUCACCUAACAUCCCACAGCUGGUAAGUAGUCAAUUCAGCCUUCAAACUUACAACAAGCUCCUUGUUCUUUUGGCCAUUGUGAUAUGGCAUCCAGAAUGUUUCCAAUAAGUGCUUGUUAAAUUUAAUUAAAAGGGGCUGUGGAGGUAGCUCAGCAGUUGGUUAUUUACCUAGCAUACACAGGCCCUGGGUUCAACCUUCUGCAGUGCAGGGAAAAAAUGCUGUUAUAAUUUGGAUAUGAG